ACGUACACUUUAAUUCCCGUGCUUGCUGAUCCCACGUACUCUCCCCUUUCCUUUCGCGCGUAUUUAGGGUUUGCUCGGCGCUCCGCUAGGGUUCUUCACGGCGUCGGCUGCUAGGGUUUUGUCGCUCUCCCACCGUGAGGAAUCGGCGUUGGAAAUGGCGCCGCCGCAGCCGAACUCGGGCCUCUUCGUUGGGCUCAACAAGGGGCACAUCGUCACUAAGCGGGAGAUUCCCCCUCGCCCUUCUAGCAGGAAAGGGAAAACUAGCAAGAGGGUGCUUAUGGUGAGGAGCUUGAUUAGGGAAGUUGCUGGAUUUGCUCCUUACGAGAAGCGAAUUACUGAGCUUCUGAAAGUUGGAAAGGACAAGCGUGCGCUGAAGGUGGCAAAGAGAAAGCUUGGUACACACAAGAGAGCAAAGAAGAAGCGUGAAGAGAUGGCUAAUGUUCUCAGAAAGAUGAGAUCUGCUGGAGUGUCCGAGAAGAAGAAAUAAAACCCUAGCAAGAUCAUGAUAGUUUUUAGGCAAUGGUGUAAUUUCGGCCUAUGAGAUGUAGAACUUGGUGAAGACCUUAGUUUUGGUCACAAGUGUAUUUUAUUUUCGAAUAUGCUGUAAGAAUGUUAAGCUCUACGCUUUGGUUUUUGUUUUCAUGUUCAGCAUUUCUGUUUCUAUUGGAAGAUUGUGGUUUGGCUUUAUUAUUAUCCUUUCAGAGCUUCAGAGCUUUGUUCCCUUUGA